AUGCGGGAGCAGCCCUCCGGGGGGGGGAGAGAAUCUGCGGUGGGCGCAGGCCGGGGGAGCGGGCCCGGCGGGCGGGAGGGGGCUCCUCUGGUCCCCAGGGACCGUCUCCCGUCUCUGCACGCCUGUCUCCCCGCGGUGACCCUGCGCUGGGAGGGAUGCUCGGGGAAGCCUCCAGAGGCCGGAGGGUGCAGCGGGGCUCACGCGGGACUCGGUGAGCAGGAGGGGGCACCCGCCGCCCUCCUCCCGCCUCGUGGGCUGGGACACAGCGGAGGCCGACACCCCUCGGGUCUCGUGCCAGGUGAUUACCCAGCGCACCCCCGGCGAUUUCCUCUCCUCCCCCGGGCAGUGCCUGCGGCGCGUUCCCUGAUUCGGCCCGGGCUGCGCAGUCGGCGCCGGGCAACCUGCGGGGGCCGCGUCUUCGUGCGCAGGUGCCUGGGACCCUGCAAGGCACCCGGAAAAGGCCCUGUGACCGCACAGCAAGGAGGUGGCCAUCUCGCCUAUGCCAGGAGUGGAGAAAAGCGAGGAGGGAGAGAAGCCACGUCUGUCUGUACAUGGUUCAGGCCUGCCACCAUGCCGGGCUGUCAGGUGAGAACCCAGGACCAGCUGAUGAAACCAUCUCUCUACGUGAGGCCUUGGUUCCCGUGUGCAUGCAUUUCACGUACCCCCAUUCUUGGCGCAACUAAUGGGGAGCGUGAGAAGAUGGAUGGGGCCUGCUCGCCUCUUCCAGGCUUCGUGUAUACCUACGUCUAUUCUGAAGAUGGGCACCUCUGUACUGAGAAGCACGAGAUCCCCAGAUCUGCUUGCUGGGGCGUCGCUUUGGCUUCUCUAACAGUUGAUUGCACAGUGUCAGCUUGAUUACCCAAAAGUGGUGGGAUGCCCACUGCCUCAUGGGCAGCUCCUCCUUUGCUGGACAAUUUUAUUCUGUAAUACAAAAUCUACAUCCAGAUUAAUUCCAGCUCUGCCCUGAAGCAACCGAGAACAGAUCUGUCUUCUCUUCCUGUAUGACAGCUCUUCAAAUAUUUUAAACCAAUGCUCACAUCCCAGAAGAGCCUUUACUUCUCUAGGCUAAGUAUUUCCUGUCCCUUCAAUUCCUAUAGUCAUACCUUGAGUGACAUAGGACCCAGAUUGCUUGUUAGGAUUGUGUAGUGGAGUCUUAAAAAAAAAAAAAAAAAGGUGCUGAAUGCAGACACACCUGAGACUGAGUGAGUCGCCUUCGUCCAGUGGGGCGGACCAAAUGGAAGCCUGGUGUUCCCAGUCGUAGCUGCUAUCUGCUGCAUCUCUUCACCCACAUGUUUGGAUUAAAUAGCAUUUACGGGACUGUAACGAUGUGAUAAGGGAUCUAUCCUUAUUAAAAAUGGAUAUUAUUUUAAGAAUGAAAAAACAGAUGCGACCUAGCUUCUGUUGGGUCAUACAGCGAGUCUCUGACAGAGCAAGGGUAUGAACUUAUUAUGGCUUUCGGCUGAUUCCAAGUCAAGCAGGCUUUCAUGACUAGAGAUUGAGCAGGGUACUGGAAAUGCAUGUGAUGUGCAUAGGUAAGCCUGUAUGUUCGUGGUGUAAGGCUAUCCAACAGCUCUCAACAGACCACGCCUAGAGAGGGGGUGUGGGCACGGGCAGGUGUGAUGGAAGGGGGAAUUCCACUCUCUGCUCUCUGCAUUCUUUUAUUGUUUGAAUGUUCUUAAGAAUACAACAUAUCUAAGUAAUUCCCAUGUAUUUGAAAUGCAAAUAAGAUGCUUAUGAUUUAGACCGUAGCUGUAAAUCGGAUAAAAUUCAAUGGGUGAGCUAAAAUAUACUCAAGAAUAAAGAAAAGCCCCCAGUGUGAGAGGCGGUAUGGCCUGGUGGCCAAGACCAUGGCCACUUAGAGAUCUGAGGCCUAGAUGCCAGUCUUGGAGCUACACUUUGCUUGCUUGACCUUGGACAAAUCCAUCGUUCUACUCCUUUAUUUACGCAUCUGUAAAAUGGUAAUACUAAUUUUUAGUACAUAUCUUCUAGGUUAUGUUUGUCAAGAAUAAUGAGCUCUUGGAUUUUUUUUUUUGAUUGAAGUAUAAUUUACAACAGUGUAAUGAACCCUUUCUAGCAUAGAUUUAUGAGUUUUGACAAAUGCAUAAGACCACGAAACCACUCCCACAAUAAAGAUAUAGAACAAUUCCAUCAAACUCCCCCCCCCCACCAAAUUCCCUUGCGUCCUUUGUCAUUUGCCCACCUGCAGCCCCUGGCAACCACUGAUCUGUCUUUUGUCCUUAUAGUUUGCCUUUCCCAGAAUAUCUUAUAAAUAUAAUUAUAUAGUAUAUAGCCUUUUGAGUCUGGCUUCUUCACUUAGCAUAAUAUAUUUGAGAUUCAUCCCCAUUGUUCAGUAAUUCAUUCUUUUUUUAUUGCUGAGUGAGAUUCCAUUGCACAUGAACUACAGUUUUGUAUACCUAUUCACUAGAGAAAGAACAUUGGGGUUGUUUCCAGUUUGGGUGAUUAUGAAUAAAGUUUCUAUAAACAGUCACACACAGGUUUUGUGUGCGCAUAAGUUCUUUUUGUAUGGUGAAUACUUAGACUGGAAUUACUAGGUCAUAUGACAAGUACAUAUUUAACUUUAUAGGAAACCGCCAAACUGUUUUCCAAAAUGGCUAGAUCAUGUUGCAUUCUCACCCACAAAAAUAGAGUUCCGGGUGUCCCACAUCCUCCCCAGCACUUGGUAUUGCCAGGUAUUCAUUUAUUUAUUUCUAAUUUCAGCCACUCUAAUAGGUCUUCGGUGGUAUCUGAUUGUAUUGUGAUUUGUAUUUCUCCAAUGACUAAAAAUAUUGAAUGUCUUUUCAUGGGAUUGUCUGCCAUCUGUGUAUCUUUUUUGGUGCAAUGUCUGUUGCUCUUUUUUUUUUUUUAAUGGAUGAUUUGUUUUCUUAUUGUUGAGUUUUAAAUGUUCUUUAUGUAUUCUAGAUUGAAGUCCUGUGUCAGAUAUGUGUUUUGGAAAUAUUUUCUCCUAGUCUGUGACUUGUCUUUUAAGUGUUUUGAUAGUGCCUUUGAAAGAUAAGUUUUUAGUGUUGAUAAAAUCCAGUUUGUCAAUUU